CAACUUCUUUAUCGAUUAUUAAAUUUUAGUAUUUUACACUCGGAACAGAAAGCAUAGCAGUUUUUUAGUUUUUUAUCCUGCUAACUGGCAUUGCUAACUCUUCUGUGAAACAGACAGAAAACGAAAACAUUGUGAACAUUCUGCCUAAAAAUGUCUCAUACAAUUUUAUUAGUACAGCCUAAUCAGCGUCCAGAAACAAGGACAUAUUCAGAUUAUGAAUCUUUGAAUGAAUGUCUUGAAGGUAUUUGCAAAAUUUUUGAAGAGCAUCUGAAGCGUUUGCAUCCACAUGAUCCAUCCAUUACCUAUGACAUCUCUCAGCUGUUUGAAUUCAUUGAUCAGCUGACCGACUUAAGCUGUUUGGUUUUUCAGAAAUCUUAUGGAACAUACACUCCUCAUAAUAAAGAUUGGCUGAAAGAAAAGAUCUACCAUAUGUUGAGAAAACAAGCUGGAAAAUGAAAGAACUAGUUCUACAUUUUGUCAUGCGUCAUUUCAUUCAGUGUCCAUUCUUUGUAAAUAUGUUUUUAACAUUUUAUUGAGCAUUUAAACAAUGGUUAUUCAUUUGUAAAAUGUAAUCCUAUUCUUAUAUAACAUAUUUUGAAAAAGCUUUAGUAAUAUUAAUCUGCAAUGGAGUAAAAAUGUAUAGUUUUGUCUGAAAUUAAAAAUUAAGAGGUGAUUAAAAAGUUUUGGCCAUUUCUUAAAAAGUUAGUAUAAUUUUGUUUAAACUUAAUUUUAUAAGGAUUAAAUGAAAAUUAAUUGCAUUUCUUUCUUUUUAGUUACGUUUUAAAUUGGACUAUGUAAAUGUAUAAUAAAUAAAUUUAAAAAAAACAA